AUGUUGCCAAUAUUGCAGAAAGCCCAGACCGUGGACAACAUGGACAUGACAAGCUGCCACGUUCGCCCCUUUUUAGAGGAUGUUCAUGUGCAGUGUAGAACCCAGUAUGACCCUCACUGUGAAACAUCAAUAGACGAAGCAAUGGUGGCUUACACGGGACGGUUAUCAAUAAAACAGUACCUCCCUCUCAAACCAACAAAACGUUGGAUUAAAAUAUGGGCACAGGCAGAUCCACAUAAUGGAUUUCUAAAUGACUUUCAAGUCUACACGGGCAGAGCAAACAACAAAGUUGAAACAGGACUUGGUGAAAGAUCUGACAAGAGAUAUAUAUGGGGAAAAAACCACCAUGUGUACUGUGACAACUACUUCAGUUCAGUUCCAUUAUUCGAAGAACUUCUUGAGAAUAAAACAUAUGCUUGUGUCACAGUGCGUACCAACAGAAAAUACUUGCCUGCUGGUGUAACACAAGCAAAGUUGAAAUGCCAAGGAGAAAUGGUUGUUCUGCAGAAAGAGGGAAGCAUGAUGGCUGUGGCCUGGCAUGACAAGUGA